AAAUAUAUAACGUGCGGCAAAAACUUCAGGUUUCGGUAGAAACAAUAAAGCAAAGAUCAAUUUUUGUUGAAUUAUACUUCAAAGAAUGAAGCUUUCGAUGAAACGUUUGCUAACCAAAAUGAAAUCUGAAGCUUUUCAUCGACGCCCAAAACGGAGGAGACUGAGAAAGCGUACUGAAAUUUCAAGCAAAGAUUCAAUGGGGUGUUUGCCAGAAGAACUGAUCGAAGCAAUUCUUGUAAGGGUUCCAGUUAAAUACCUCUUACAGUUCAAAUGUGUUUCCAAAUAUUGGCUUAAUUUGAUUUCCAGUCCUGAAUUUGUGAAAACCCAUCUUAGUUUUUCUGCUAAGGAUUACACCCGCCAUAUAUCUCUGUUACAAUUGGAUACAUUAGAGACUAAUAUUAAAUCUUGCUCUGUUAGCUCUUUAUUUCAUAACUCUGUUACUGGGGCACUUGAUUUGGAUUGUCCCAUGAAAAAUUCACGUUAUGGUGUUCGUAUUAAGGGUUCUGUUAAUGGUUUGGUUUGUCUUGCCGAUGGGUUUGGUGGGUUGGUGCUAUGGAAUCCAUCAAUUAGAAAGUUCAAGAAAGUGUUCGGCUUUGUGCCUACACAGAUGCGUGAAUGCUGGUCCACUUGUGCUUUUGGAUAUGAUGACGUUCAUGACGAUUAUAAGGUAGUGGGUAUUUUUAGUAGCAUGAUUAAGGCCUUUUUCGAGGCCGCGAUAUAUAGUUUAAAGAGUGAUUCUUGGAGAACACUUGAAGAUUUUAAACCUGGGGUGAGUUACUGUGGUGAGGCUAAAUUUGUGAAUCAUAAGCUUCAUUGGAUAACAUUUCGUAGACGUCGUAUGCGCAUCACGUCUAUUGAUUUGGUUGAUGAGAAAUGGGGUAAGUUGGAGCUGCCCAGCUACAACAAAGGACGAGAUUUGAAGCUUGGAGUGUUGGGUAGUGAUCUUUCGUUCCUCUGUAAUAAUGAUGAGAGAACGCACUCUGAUGUGUGGGUAAUGAAGGAAUAUGGAGUUAAAGCGUCUUGGACAAAACUGUAUACCAUCAGGUAUCCUGAGAACUAUGAGCUUUCUCCGCCCCUUUUCACGUAUAAUAAAGGUGAAAUUCUGCUCGCGUUUAAAUCAACUUUAGCGAUAUACGAUCCAAAGAAUGACUCUAUCACAUAUCCAAAGGUUCUUAAUGUUGAGGUUACUGGUGUUUACAACAGAAAUAAGGCGGAACUCUGCAUCGAAAGCCUAGUUUGUCCGGAUUUACCAAACGAAGAUUGAAAGAUGUCAGAACUCAGGUGAAUGCCUGUUGUAAUAGUUAACAGCUUGUUGUUGUAGAAUCAUACACAUGUUCAGGAGAACAUAUAUACUUACUAGCUGAUGCUUUAGCAACUACUUAGGAGAAGCAGAUGCAAGCUUUUUCUUCAAUAGCCGGCCAAAUGACUACAGGAUCAUCGGUCUACUCUACCUCAAUUCACUAUUUCGAACCUUAUACAAAAGAUUUUUUCCGUACUAGGAAGUAAGAUUAUAUCGUUGCAGGUUGUAAAAACUCUAUGAUGCUACUUAAUUUUGUUGAAGGAUGCAAGAAACACUCAUGAAUUGAACAACAGAAAAUUAAACUUGUUAGUUGGAAUGUAAUCAUACUAGUUUAUGCU